AUGGGGAAGCUGGCCUGGCCGUGCCACGGCUGCCCUAUGGGUGGCGCACCGAGCCAGAGCCUGCCCUAUGUCACCUUCCUGGCCACUAGGGAUGUGGAGGCUGUCCUCAUCAUGGCGCAGACCUGUGUCCCCUGGACCAUCAUGGAGCAGUUCAACCCCAGCCUCCGGAACUUCAUCGCCAUGGGGAAGAACUAUGAGAAGGCUCUGGCAGGUGUGACAUAUGCUGCCAAAGGCUACUUUGACGCCCUUGUGAAGAUGGGCGAGCUAGCCAGCGAGAGCCAGGGCUCCAAAGAACUCGGAGAUGUUCUCUUUCAGAUGGCUGAAGUCCACCGGCAGAUUCAGAAUCAGUUGGAAGAGAUGCUGAAGUCUUUCCACAACGAGCUGCUCACGCAGCUGGAGCAGAAGGUGGAGCUGGACUCCAGGUACCUGAGUGCCGCGUUGAAGAAGUACCAGACGGAGCAAAGGAGCAAGGGAGACGCGCUGGACAAGUGCCAGGCGGAGCUGAAGAAACUGCGCAAGAAGAGCCAGGGCAGCAAAAACCCACAGAAGUACUCGGACAAGGAGCUGCAGUACAUUGAUGCCAUCAGCAGCAAGCAGGGCGAGCUGGAGAACCACGUGUCCGACGGCUACAAGACGGCCCUGACCGAGGAGAGAAGAAGGUUCUGUUUCCUGGUGGAGAAGCAGUGCGCCGUGGCCAAGAACUCCGCCGCCUGCCACUCCAAGGGCAAGGAGCUGCUGGCGCAGAAGCUGCCACUGUGGCAGCAAGCCUGCGCCGACCCCAACAAGAUCCCGGAGCGCGCCAUGCAGCUCAUGCAGCAGAUGGCCAGCAGCAACGGCUCCGUCCUCCCCAGCGCCCUGUCGGCCUCCAAGUCCAGCCUGGUCAUCUCAGACCCCAUCCCGGGGGCCAAGCCCCUGCCAGUGCCCCCCGAGCUGGCCCCGUUUGUAGGGCGGCUGUCUGCCCAGGAGAGCACGCCCGUCAUGAAUGGCGUCUCGGGCCCAGACGGCGAGGACUACAGCCCCUGGGCCGACCGCAAGGCCGCCCAGCCCAAGACCUCGUCUCCUCCACAGUCACAGAGCAAGCUGAGCGACUCGUACUCCAACACGCUCCCCGUGCGCAAGAGCGUGGCUCCGAAGAACAGCUACGCGGCCACUGAGAACAAGACCCUGCCACGCUCCAGCUCCAUGGCGGCUGGCCUGGAGCGCAACGGCCGCAUGCGAGUGAAAGCCAUCUUCUCCCACGCGGCCGGGGACAACAGCACCCUGCUGAGCUUCAAGGAGGGAGACCUCAUCACCCUGCUGGUGCCCGAGGCCCGCGACGGCUGGCACUAUGGGGAGAGCGAGAAGACCAAAAUGCGGGGCUGGUUUCCCUUCUCCUACACCCGGGUUCUGGACAGCGAUGGCAGCGACAGGUUGCACAUGAGCCUGCAGCAGGGGAAGAGCAGCAGCACGGGGAACCUCCUGGACAAGGAGGAGCUGGCCCUCCCGCCCCCCGACUACGGCACAUCGUCCCGCGCCUUCCCCGCCCAGACAGCCGGCACCUUCAAGCAGAGGCCCUACAGCGUGGCUGUGCCCGCCUUCUCCCAGGGUCUAGAUGACUACGGAGCACGGGCCGUUAGCAGGAAUCCCUUCGCCAACGUCCAGCUGAAGCCGACAGUGACCAAUGACAGGUCUGCCCCCCUCCUCAGCUGACGGCCAAGUCCCCGCCGCCGCCCUCUGGGCCCCUCCUGCCCCACCCCCACACACACCUCUUUUGUAACAGUCUGUGUGGUCCCUGUCUAGAGAAUUUUUUCCUCCUUCCAUGCCCUUCACCUGCCUGGCUCUGCCCCCACUUAAGUCUGGCCUGGGCUGGACCCCGGCCAUUUCUUCGGAGGUGGCCCCUGGGCCGUGGCUCAGGGGAGAGAGUGGGGCCAGCCCCCCUGGCUGUGUGGGUCGUGGCCCCCCAAGUGCAGGGAAGGACGUUUGGUCAGCCUGUAGCUGGAAGGGGAGCACAGCUCCCACACCGCUCACAGCCCCCAAGUGUCUGGUCAAUAAACAGGCUGUCCCA